CGCAUUUAAACAGCGUUAUCGUAAAUCGUAUCCCAGGGCGACGAUCGUCCAUCAGGGUAUUCUUAGUUGGUCGCCAGAAGGCAUCGCAGUCACGAAACUCUAAUUGCACCAGCGUGGGCAAAGAGCCAGAGUCUGCCAUGUCUUUACAAGAGGACAAUUUUAAGACAAGUCGGAAAAGCAAGAUUACCUUUCUUUAAAGCAGCAUUGUGGUACUUAGCAAAAAUUCAGCAAAUUCUUCAGCAAAUCACAAGGGUAAUCAGGGAACAUAUACUCAAAGCUGCGUCAUCUUCGAACUAAAUCUGCGUUUCCGCAAUGGCUACGUCUACUAACUUCAACGCCACCGACAUGGUAGUGACCACUGAUGACAUCGAGCGGCUGGCUCACGCUAAGAUGCCUCCGAAGGUGACAACGUUCUAUCGAGAUGGUGCGGACCAGCAGCAAACGAUUGCGGAAAACUUGCUCGCAUUCAAAAGGCUCCGGUUGUUGCCUCGAGUAAUGCGGGACGUGAGCACAAUAGACACAGAAUGCACGCUGCUAGGACAACGCCUUUCCAUGCCUGUCGGAAUAUCACCGACGGCUCUUCAAAAGAUGGCGCACCCUGAUGGAGAAUCAGCAACAGCACGAGCUGCUGCAAACGCUGGAACUGUUAUGGUGCUGAGUGCGCUCAGCACCACCUCCAUGGAGGACGUGGCAUCCGGAGCACCCGGGGGUGUCCGCUGGCUCCAGAUGGAAGUCGUGAAGGACCGCUCUGUGACGAUUGACUUCUUAUCUCGAGCCGAGAGGCUAGGCUAUGGAGCCAUCGUUCUUACGGUUGACAUGCCUGUAUUUGGGCUUCGUGUGGCGACUGUAAAAAACCGCAUGACUUACCCCAAGAACCUCUGCUUAGCAAACUUCGAGGGCACAAACUACAGCCAUAUUCAAGGCCUUAAAGAGUCCUGCCUGGAACAACUGCGAGAGUCAUUCGACAGGUCGCUCACAUGGGAUGUGCUCGCCUGGAUAAAAAGCAUAACGAAACUUCCGGUGGUCGUCAAAGGAAUUCUCACAGCGGAAGAUGCUUGCGAAGCUGUAAAUCACGGGGCAUCCGCGAUAUUGGUUUCAAAUCAUGGUGGCCGCCAGCUCGACGGUGUGCCUGCAACGAUCGAGGUGCUUGCCACCGUCGUGCGCGCAGUCCGAGGCCGCUGUGAGGUCUACGUGGACGGCGGAGUGCGCAGGGGCACCGACGUCAUCAAAGCUCUGGCGCUGGGUGCCCGUGCGGUCUUCGUCGGCAGACCCGUCAUCUGGGGACUCGCUUACAACGGUGAAGAAGGAGUCAAGAAAGUGCUGGAUAUCUUCAAAACUGAACUUGAGCGAGCGCUCGCACUGAUGGGAUGUGCCUCGCUCAGCGACAUCAAAGCAGGCAUGGUGAUUCACCACGACAGUCUCAAGAAUCUACUGAGCACUGAAUUGGGGUCACUUCAAGAAGGCCCGAGUACCUGA